GGAGGUAACUCUUUCACUUAACCCGACAGGUGCAAUGCGUAUCUAAUGAAGCGAGUCGACUCUGGCAUAUCGGUAAACAGACGCAUAUGAUCGGCGUUCGAAUGUAGUGGCGGUUUUAUCAUACAGGGUCCUCAUAACAAACCAUGCCCAAUCGCAGAGAAGAACACGGAAUUCAAAAGCAGCAAACAGUGACAUCGCGGUGCCUGGCCAUUGUCUUGAAAUUUGAAAAUGGAGACAGGUGCGAGAGUGAUGUGAAGGAAGAGGGUUUUAGUGGAAGAGAUAUUUUAGACGAUUUUAAGCUGCGGAAUAAGAGUUGUUAUUGGAAUCCAGCUUUGUUGGAAAGUAUAAACAGUUUGGAAUAUUUGGGAUUUGUGUCUCCCUGUACAUUACUAGUGGGAGGAUCAGAACUUCACCUGGAGAACAUCAGAACAGCCUGGGGGAGGCGAGUUUUAAAUGACCCCUCGGAUUUUAGUAUUCAAAGCAUAGGUGACGUUGACGGUAUAAAUAUGGAGGUAAUACCACAGACACAGUUUGUUCCCCUGUCCGAGAUCCUGUGUAUGGUCAUUCUGGAGCUGAAUAACAAACAGGUUGUAGCGACAUUAGACACAAUACAGGAAAGGCUGAAUCAAUGUUACAAAGGCAUGCAGAUCCCCUCGCCACCGCUGAUCUAUGACACGCUCGGUACACUCAUCAGGGAAAGGAAAAUUUUUCAUACAGGAAGUGGAUAUUUUGUUGUGACAUCAGACACUUACAGAAUGCCUGAGGACCCGACUAAAACGAUUCCUCUGUCAUGGCUUCAUUACAAUCCUAAUUAUAUCCCAGUGCUGAACUCCAGUGCCAAAGGACUAACCCGAACCAUCUCAUGCCAAGUGACAUUGGCCAACGAACCUCGCAAAAAACAGUCCGAGAAAAGCUCUGAUCCAGAUGAUAAAAUUGUGGAAAUGAGACACAAUCUGGAAAGGGAGACAUUAGAAAGACAGAAUCAACCACUGGCUGACAAACCAAGACUUGGUCACAGUCUUAGUGCCAGGAGACAGCGAGAGAAGGGACCAGUUAAAAAUGACGAUCUGCGAGACUUCAAGAGGAGUUUAUCAGUCAGACGACAAGAUGAGAAAGAAAAGAAACACACACAAGAGGAAAGGAAAUCUGCGGAGGACAUUGCUAUUACUAAGAACAGCUCAAAGAAAAACAAAGAUAAAGGAGAGAAGAAGUCCUUGUUAGCAAAGCUUUUUGGGAGAAAGAAGAAAAAGACUGAUACUCCAAAAGAACAACCAAAGAAAGUGGAGUAUGCCACAUUCUCUGACCAGUUUCCACCUCCAGAGUGGGGAUGGUAUCAAGACCAAGUGGAAAAACAGCAGCGGAUACACAAGUGGAUGCAGCAAGUUCCACAUCAUCCACACGUCCACCACCAGCACUACGACCGUGUCCAUCUUAUCCACCAAGGUCAUCCACAUCAUUCGGAUUAUCACUCAGUGAGAUUUGGACAUGGACCAAUCAGAAAUGAUGUUAUAUAUGGAAGACAUGUCCCACAGCAUGAAAAUCACUAUCAUGUGCCACCAAGGAUGAAACUAAGAAACAACCCUCCACCUCCACUGGAUGAUGAUUAUGAGGAAAUCCAGGAUGUGGAUGCUAACAGUAGAUUCAGAUCCACCCUACCAGCACAUCAUCAUCAUCCACAGGAAGUUGAACAUCACAGGAGAAUGUCUGAAGGUCGACAUACAAUGAGGAGAAAAGAGAAAUCCAAAAGAAUGUCCUUGGAUAGGAGAGUGGAUAGAGACUAUGAAAAUGUUCCAAUGUGUUCAAACUAUCCCUCCCCAGCAUUUCCCUAUCACACAGAAAGUAGCCAUAAUAUGCACCACAACAGCCAUCCAGUCACACACCCUCUCUACAGCUCAACUCCGCGAGUACCUGGAAUGUGGCAGCAAGCUCAUGAAUCAUAUUACCCACAAGUCAAUGCAGAGGAAGUCCAUCAACAUCAGUGUACCACUCAAAAAUCCAAAAAGAAAUCUCACCGCAGACAUGGCCAGUCAAAUCACAGACAGAUGGAAGAGCAUUACAGACUGCCUGCAAAGAACACGUCAAUUUCUAUUUCUCACGACAGCGGAGUGAAUCUGAUUGGCCUCCAGACAGUGCAUUAUAAACCUUCGCAGGACACCCAUCACAGAAGAAGAGUUCACGACGACAUGUCCAUCCGAAAUAACCUUAGGAAUGACCCUUAUGGAGACUUGGAUGAGGACCUUCCUAAUUCCAGUGGUCAAGUUGUGUAUGAAGUUGAAAUUAACAAACGUCCGGAGCCAAGGACCAGAGAAAAUGAAUAUGUUACCAUGGAGACAGACUCCAAAAAAGACAAUGAGAAGAAGAGAAACAGCUGUAACUCUGACAGUGCAUUAACUUUCAGUGAACAGAGCUGUGACACAGUCAUAAAAAAGGAAGAUAAAGACGUAGAGGACAUUACAAAGGAGACUUUAGAGGUCGUUUUGGGGGAUAGUGGCUUCAGCUCACCCCGAGUCUGUGAUGAAAGCUCCCCAGAAAUGGAAAAGCAGAAGAUCAAAAGCAAAGUGAAAGAACUUGAAAAGGGAAGUCACUCAGACCUCUGUGAUAAAAAUGUCUACCAAAAAUCUGAUGACAGUUCUCCUGAAAUGCGUGAAAGUCGCUCAAGUGACAAGGAAAAUAGAAUUAACAUGAUAAACAAUUUAAAACAAGUUCAAGGUGACUAUGGGGUGCUUACUCAUGUCAACCCAGUCAGUGGCAGAAUCCCCCUUUACCCUCAAAACACAAUAAUCCAACCAGUUCAGAGGAAAUUCAGCUUUGAGGAUGAUUAUGGAUUCUUGUAGGGAGAUAACUCAUAUAGGGAUGUGCAAUAGAUGUAUUAAACAUUUCACAAAUAUCUCAGUCUGCAUGAGCAUUUAUAAGAUCAAAUUUAAGUUUUUAUAGUGCUAUUUAUGUAAAUAGUGUGUUUGUAAUUUUAUUUGUAAAAAUAGCAGUGAUUUAUUUCCAGAUAUCUUUUAUCAGUUUUGCUGCAUAAUAAAACAUAAAAAUAUCUUUGA